AUGCUCAAGGCUUCACGAACCACACGCUCUGGUGCGACAUACGCCCUCUUUGAGGAUCCUAUUCCAUACGCCACCACCCUCCCUCUCGAAUCCUACAUCAAGAAUGCAGUCCGCCUCUACGACGCCGUCGAGCGGCAUGCCGAGGAGCAGGAGGGCGCCUGGUCCCCCACAUCUCCCCUCACCCCACUAUCCGAGGACGAUGUCGCGCCACCGCUUACAAGCUCCAACUCUCGCAGCUCCGUAUCUCCCCAAGAUGUUCUUGACGCCCUGAACGAUCUUCUUGACAACCUAGACGUUGUCGAGAAAUUGCAGGGGCCCCAUACGCCUUCGACGUCACGCGGGGAUCCGGCGCCACACGCACCCGCACCCCUCAACUGCGACUACUCCUCCGAUUCUAGCGGGUAUUCCGACCCGUCCAUGGUAGGAUCAAGAAAGCGUGCGCGGGGUAAUCGUCAGCGUAGGAAGGAGAAGGAGAAGCAGAGGAAGGAGUUGGAGAGGGCGAGGUUAGAAAGGGAGAGGGAGGCUGAGAGGAGGAAGGGGGAUUCGCGCCCAGCGCCCAGCACCGUGCUGCCUAAGCCGCCGGGUACAGGGAAGUCUUCGGAUGGGAAGAAGGCGUACAAGAAGAGGAAGCGUGCUGAUAAACGCCGUGCCGAGCGUCAGGAUGCGGCCAACGCCCAGCCGUAUGACAGGAAGCACUCCCGGCCCUUCUUCCAGCACAAGCACGCCACGGUGAAGGAGAUUAAUCUCACCACAUUCAGAGUACGUUACACAACACGACGCGGUGGAUACGUUGCGCCAUCGCACAACAUGCACAAAGUUACAACUGUGGAGGAGUUGAGGGAGAUGGGGAUCGAGGAGCUCCAUUGGAACGGCACUGAUACCUUAGUGCUCCUCGAUGCAAAGGACCGCAUAUUUGCGGUUCUGCUAGGCGCGCCCAAAGGUCUCUCAAACGACGAGAGAAAGUCCUGGGAGGCGGCAAUGGCGGAGUUGGCCACGACUCUCGAGCGUCUUCGCGCCGAGAACCAGGCUUCGUUCGACAUGCACCACAGCCGGGGCGACUUUGCUGCUUUUGCAGCGGGGUUUACAGGUUCGAACGGUAAAUCGUCUCCAUCCAACCUCAAGUUUGAGAACAACGGCCACCGCGCUGUCGCAGAGGAGCUACUCCAGGAUGGCAACAUGCGACGCCUGGCUGGAUUUGCCAGUGCCGCCCUCGCAUACUAUUUCCCGCUCAUCUACAUGCACAUGUGUGAGCGGCUGCGCGCCCUAUGUGAGCAUGACCCGAGCCUACGCUUCCCUUUUGGCGGGAUCAGUGCUUACCCCACUAUCACCUUCAACAUGGGACCGGUCUCGAUAACGUUCGGCCACAACGACGGCACAAACUACGCCGGGAUUCCAUGCUCAAUCACGUCGCUCGGGUCGUUCAACGCUGGCGAAGGGGGGCACCUCAUCCUGUACGACGUCGGCGUGUACUUCCAGUUUCCGGCUGGAUGUACAGUCCUCCUCUCGUCGGCAGGACUGCGGCACGGAAAUACGCCGUUAGCAUCCGCAGAGGAACGGCGGUAUAGCGUCACGCAGUAUUGCCAGGGUUCGCUGAUCCGCUGGGUGGCCCGCGGGUUCCGUCCCUCGGGCUCCUUGUCGGAUGCCGAAAAGGAUGCAGUUGAUCUUGAAGCAGGCGAGGGUUGGGCAUCUCAAUACCUUAGAUUUUCGACUUGGACAAGUGUUGCAGAGGACAGGGAGAGGUUGAGGCUUUGGGAGCAGAGUAAGUAG